AUGGCAGAGGAAUACUUGAUUACUGACGACUUGAUGAUACAAAGCUAUGCCGAGCAAAGCGCAGUACUGAUUGUGAUCAGUCCUUCACAGCAACCCGUCGAGAUUCAAGAUGGCUUGCUAAAGCUAAUUUCUCAUGCCCCUCAUGGAAACUUGGUCAGUGAAGAUGCAAUGGACGACGAUUCGAGUGAGUUCAAGUGGCAUGUCAAUUUUAUAUACGAUCCAUCAUUACGUGAAGGGGAGUACACCUCGGCUAGCAACUACAACAACUACGGAGAUGUAGCUCCUGGCGAUAAAUUUGAAGUCCAAGUACGAUUUCACAGAAAAAUAGACGCUUUUAGAGCCCUGGGAAGAUUGCUUGGAAGUGCUAGGGAUUUCAUGAUUUUGACGGGCAUUCAUGGCGAUCUGGUCAAUUUCUCUGAAAAGGCACAAUUCGACACUCAAGGCGUCAUGGUGGAUUGCAGUCGUGGCGGUGUGUUGCGUCCAAAAACGGUCUACUUUUUGCUCAACAACAUGGCAUUGAUGGGGCUCAACAUGCUGCAGCUGUAUACCGAGGAUACGUAUGAGAUGGACGGAGAGCCCAUGUUUGGCUAUCUUCGAGGAAAAUACACGACACGAGAGCUAUCUAUGAUUGACGAUUAUGCAUUUGAUCUUGGCAUUGAAGUCAUGCCCUGUAUUCAGACAUUAGGCCACAUGGGACAGGUACUGCAAUGGCAACAGUAUGCCUAUUUGAGAGACAAUACCGAAGUUUUACUUGCGGAAUCAGAGCCGACGUAUGAUUUCAUCGAGAAAAUGAUACAGACAGCCACUAGACCCUUCCGGUCCAAACGAAUUCACAUCGGAAUGGACGAAGCGCAUGGUGUGGGUGAAGGUCGUUAUAGACAAAUGUUUGGAUACAAAGACUCUACACAGCUGUUCCUCGAGCACUUGCAACGCGUGAAUGAAAUUUGCCUUCGAAGCGAUGUCCAGCCUAUGAUAUGGUCUGAUAUGCUAUUUUGCUUGGCCAUCAAAAACAACUCCUUGCAAGGGUAUUAUGACGAAUCCAACAAUCCUGCUACACCAGAAUUGAUUGAAAACAUGCCUCAGAAUAUGAAGCUGAUUUUUUGGGAUUAUUAUCAUACGACAUCUGAUAUCUACUCUCAAAAAAUACAGCAGCACAGACAAAUGGGAUGCCAAGAUCCUUGGGUUGCAACAUCGGCGUGGACUUGGAGUAGGUUCUGGACAGCAUUGCCCUUUUCAUUUCAGGCUAUCAGAGCAAGCGUAAUAGCAGCCAAGAACAAGGACGAUGGUGUACGAAAUACAUUCAUUACGACAUGGGGAGAUGAAGGAAAUGAGUGCGAUGUGUACCUAUCGUCAUUGCCUGCCUUGUUUUACUAUGCUCAACAUGGAUACACAGAUCAGGAAGAAGUUGACAUUCAGACAUUGAAGCGGAAUUUUGAGGGUAUCUGUGGAGCAAACUUUGACGAUUGGGUUCUAGCAUCCAAGAUUGAUGAUACCCCUGAAGGCGUGCCUAUUACAUCCAGAUCCAACUUUGCGAAUAACAUGAGCAAAUGGCUUAUGUGGGAAGAACCCAUAUUGAGCUUUCUAUCACCGCAAUACAACGAUGAAGACUUGGAAACACAUUACGCUGCCAUUGAGGACCACUUGUCCAAAGCCAUCUCAGAGAAAAGAACCUCAUGCCCCUUCAAUGAUCGACUGGAGCUACCGCGUAGAAUAGCCAAAGUAUUAUCACUGAAAUGCCAUUUGCGCAAGCACUGUGUCCGGGCAUACAAAAAGAAAGACUACGACCAGCUAUUGACAAUCGCACAUACUCGCUUGAAGCUGCUGAGAGGGGAAGUUGAUGCGCUAUGGAAAUACCAUCGCAGCAUGUGGAUGAAGACAUACAAGCCCUUUGGUUGGGAAGUGCUAGAGAACAGAUAUGGUGGAUUACGUACUCGACUUGAAACCAUGUAUGAUAGGAUUAUAGCACAUGUUGAUUUUGUAAGAAACAACAAGCUGGCAGAAGAAGAGGAUGAAGAAGAUGAACAUCAACGUAUACCCGAGUUUGAAGUCGAUUUAGAAACUAUUUAUUAUGGGGCCAAGACAAACUUAUUGCUGGAUCAUGCUCGGGUUGUAUCUACCUCUCGCCCUGGAUAA